UGGAAAAUGGUUGGUCAUUUUAUCAUCAAAAAACCUCCUAUCUUCUUGAUCAAUCGCUAAACUUAUCAUCUCUAACAUGACAAUUCUUCAAACAUUGCUAUUUUCUCCAAACCCCCUUUCUUUUUCUCCUAAAAAUCCCCAAAAAACGCUAAACCCCAAAUCUUGUAACCCUAACACCCAUCAUGACAAGAUCACAAGAAACUUCCCAAAUUGCAAAAAGUUCGAUAACAAGAAAACGAUGGCAGCUCUAAUGGGAACUGGGGUCGCCCUAACAACUCCUCUUUUCAUGGGAGCUACUGCUGUAGCUGCUGAGUUGCCAUUGUUGGGUUCUUCCCUGCAACUCGUGGAACCCUCCAAUGCUCUCUCAUUGCCCACUUGGGCAAUCCAUGUUUCAAGCGUUGUUGAAUGGAUUACAGCAAUGAUUUUAGUAUGGCAAUAUGGGGAGAAAUCUGGAUAUGAGUCUUGGAAGGGGCUUUCAUGGGGUAUGGUGCCUUUACUAGGAGGAGCAUUUUGUGCGUGUACUUGGCAUUUCUUUUAUAACUCGGAAUCACUAGAGGUUUUGGUUGCAAUCCAAGGGGCAUUAACGGUUAUUGGCAAUGCUACAAUGUGCAUAGCUGCAUACCGAAUCUAUAAAUCAUCACAAGAACGAUCCACUGAUACAUAAGCAUCUGUAAUUCUGUAUCUCAUUCAUUAUGUUUUCUCUCAACAUGUGUUACAUUUAUAGAUUGGUCAAAAAAAUCAACACUGAAACAGGAAAUUUCAUUUUUUACACUUGUUCUUGAAAUCUUAUUAAGAUGAUCAGAAAGUGUUUGAAGUGUAAUCUUUAUAGAAAGCAGUUGUAAAUGCUAUUAAAUUCUACUGAUUUAUAUAUUUGAAAUGUUUAUCGGGUA